AUGGUGCAAACAUAUGAUUUUGUCUUUAGCUUUCAUUUGGUGAAGAAUAUUCUUGGGAUCACAAAUGAGUUGUCACAAGUCUUACAAGAAGGUGAUCAAGAUAUUGUGACUGCAAUGGAUUUAGUUAAAAUAUGCAAGAAACAACUACAAAUGAUGAGAGACUAUGGAAGGGAUUCUUUAGUGGAAGAAGUUUCUAAUUUUUGUAUGGAGUUCAAUAUUGAUGUUCUUGAUAUGAAUCAUAUGUAUUGUCCUCAAGGAAAAUCACGACGCAAGGCUCCAAAGCUUACAAAUUUUCACUACUUCCAUGUUGAUUUUUUCAAUACAGUGAUAGAUUUACAGCUACAAGAGAUAAAUAGUCAUUUUAAUGAGGCUAAUAUCGAGUUGCUACUUUGUUUAGCAUGCUUUUCUCCAGCUAAUUCAUUUUCUAGUUUUGACAAGGGAAAGUUAACCCGUCUUGCUCAGCUUUAUCCAUGUGAUUUUUCUACAAUGGAUUUAAAGUUUUCAGAAUUGAAAGAGAUGGUUGAUCUUUCAAAGAAACUAGUUGAGACAAAAAAAGAUAAGGUAUAUCCACUGGUUUAUUUGCUUAUUAAAUUGGCAUUAACGCUUCAAGUUGCAACAACUUCGGUAGAAAGAGCAUUAUCCGCAAUGAACAUUGUGAAUAAUCAAAUGCGCAACAAAAUAGGAGAUCAAUGGUUGAAUGAUAGUCUCACUGUGUAUCUUGUGAAUGAUGUAUUCAAUGCUAUUGAUAAUGAGCCUAUCAUCCAUCCUUUUCAAAACAUGAAAUCUCCUCUACGACAACUUUAA